CGCACGAGUACCGCAACGCAUUUCGUUUUGUAAUUGUAUGGACGUGCUUCGCUUGCUUUUUCGUCGUGCGGCAGUAUUGUAUUUUUAUUUUUUAUUAGUUUGUUGACGAUUUUCGAUUCGAAACGCUCGCUUCAUGAUGUGAUUGUGAACCAUUGUAUGUGUAAUGUGCUGCUUACUGUGAUAAAAAUGACCUGUCGCAUUUUAAACGUGCUUGAUGGUGUCUAAUAAGUGUAAUAGGUAUUGUGUAAAAUGGGUUUGAUAACUUCGAGGGAUCAGACGAUGUUGGACGGACCGGUCGGGGUCACAAAGAACCACCAUGUACGGCAGCCGUCGACGAGGAAUCGGACCAAACCUCCUAUGCCGGAUAGAGACGAGCUGGAAGAUCGAUUCAUUAAAGUUUUGGCCUCAAUGGACCUCCCGCCCGACAAAGCGAAGCUCCUCCGCAACUACGACCUGGAGAAGAAGUGGGAGAUCAUCUGCGACCAGGACAUGGUGCAGGCGAAGGACUCACCCGCACACUACCUCAACAAGCUGCGCACUUACCUCGACCCCAAGGCCUCCAGGAGUCACAGGAAAAGAAAAAUGGUUGGGGACUCUACGUCCACGCAGGUUCUUAGGGAUUUGGAAAUAUCAUUACGAACCAAUCACAUAGAAUGGGUGAGGGAAUUUCUAAACGAGCAGAACCAGGGGCUCGACGUGCUGAUCGACUACCUGAGCUUCAGGUUGAGCAUGAUGAGGCACGAGCAGCGGAUCGCGCUGGCCCGGAGCCAUUCCUCCGACGCUAUCAAUCAGGUGAACACAACAACAUCGGACUGCAGCGCGCCAACAGAGAUCAGCGGAACACUCAGCGCCACGUGGAGGCGGCGAGCUCGUUCCGCUGACUCGGACGGGGAGACCAUCGGCAGCCCGGCCGCGGCGCGGCGGCGCACGAGGCACGCCGCGCGGCUCAACAUGGGCGCCUCCACCGACGACAUACACGUGUGCAUCAUGUGCAUGCGCGCCAUCAUGAACAAUAAGUAUGGAUUCAACAUGGUGAUACAACACAGGGAAGCUAUAAACAGCAUAGCCCUCUCCCUGGUACACCACUCCCUGCGGACGAAGGCUCUGGUGCUGGAACUGCUCGCGGCCAUCUGCCUGGUGAAGGGCGGCCACCAGAUCAUACUCUCCGCGUUCGACAACUUCAAAGAAGUGGUCGGAGAGCCUAGAAGGUUUCACACGUUGAUGGAGUACUUCAUGAAUUACGACACCUUCCAUAUUGAGUUUAUGGUGGCGUGCAUGCAGUUUGUCAAUAUCAUCGUGCAUUCAGUGGAAGACAUGAACUUCCGAGUGCACCUACAGUACGAGUUCACGGCACUCAAGCUCGACGACUACCUGGAGAGACUGAGGAUGUGCGAGAGCGAAGAUUUGCAGGUCCAAAUCUCCGCGUACCUGGACAACGUGUUCGACGUGGCUGCACUCAUGGAGGACAGCGAGACGAAGACCGCGGCACUGGAGAAGGUCAACGACCUGGAGGACGAAUUGGGUCAUGCACACGAGCGUCUCGCCGCGUUAGAGCGGGAGGCGAUAGCGAAGCAGGCGACGCUGGAGGCGGAGCUGGCGCAGAUACGACACGAACGGGACCAACUGGCCGAGGCGAGGAGACAAGUCGUCGAAGAGGUAUACCUACAGUUGACACACGAGCGUCUCGCCGCGUUAGAGCGGGAGGCGAUAGCAAAGCAGGGGACGCUGGAGGCGGAGCUGGCGCAGAUACGACACGAACGGGACCAACUGGCCGAGGCGAGGAGACAAGUCGUCGAAGAGGUAUACCUACAGUUGACACACGAGCGUCUCGCCGCGUUAGAGCGGGAGGCGAUAGCAAAGCAGGGGACGCUGGAGGCGGAGCUGGCGCAGAUACGACACGAACGGGACCAACUGGCCGAGGCGAGGAGACAAGUCGUCGAAGAGGUUUCGACUCUGAGACGAGCGCAGCAGGACUCCAGAAACCGCCAGUCGAUGCUGGAGUCCAAAGUGCAAGAACUGGAAUCCCUUACCAAAUCCUUACCGCGCGGUGCUUCCAUGGGUGCUAUAUCGUCGCACGCGCUGUGCAACGGCACAGUGAACGGGCACGUGUCCCCGCCGGGCACUCUCACCAACGGGGACGUGCACGCGCACACGCUGCCCGCGCCCCCGCCGCCGCCCGCCGCCACACUGCUGCCCCCGCCGCCACCCGCGCCGCUGCCUCCACUGCCGCCCCCGCCACCGCCGCCGCCCGCGCUCGCCCCGCCGCCGCCCGCGCCGCCCGCACCCCCCGCGCCCGGCCUCAUGCUGCCCCCGCACCACACGGACGCGAUGACGAUAAAGAGGAAGGUCGACACCAAAUACAAACUGCCCACAUUGAAUUGGAUCGCGCUCAAACCGAAUCAGGUGCGCGGUACGAUAUUCAACGAAUUAGACGAAGAGCGGCCCCGCAGACGCAUCAACUUCGCAGAGUUCGAAGAGAAGUUCCGCAUCGGCGGCGCGGGCAGCGUGGCGCACGUGCCCGACGACGCACUUGCGUCCUUCCCGAGCAAGCGCUUCCGGCGACCCGACACCGUGUCGCUGCUGGAGCACGCGCGCUUGAGGAAUAUCGCGAUUUCAAGACGAAAACUCGACACACCAGUAGAAAAAGUAAUCGCAGCAAUCCACACACUAGAUUUGAAACAGUUGCCACUCGAAAGCGUUGAAAUCCUCCAGCGAAUGGUCCCGACGGAGGCCGAACAGAAGGCGUACAAAGAAUACGUGGCAGAGAAGAAAAACAUCAACCAAUUGACGGAAGAAGACAAAUUCCUCAUGCAGUUGGCCAAAGUUGAGCGAAUAUCCGCCAAGUUAUCCAUCAUGAGUUACAUGGGCAACUUCUACGACAACAUACAUUUAAUAACGCCUCAGAUACACGCAAUAAUAUCUGGUUCUUCCUCUGUCAAAUCGUCCCACAAGUUGAGGAACGUUUUGGAAAUUAUUUUAGCAUUCGGAAAUUAUUUGAACAGCAGUAAAAGAGGUCCAGCUUAUGGUUUCAAGCUCCAGUCCCUCGAUACGUUGAUGGAUACCAAGUCGACUGACAAGAGAGUGUCCUUAUUGCAUUAUAUUGUGGCGACAAUUCGACAGAACUUCCCAGAACUGUUGAACUUCGACACAGAACUGAUGUACAUUGACAAGGCUGCCCAAGUGUCGCUGGAGAACGUGGUGGCGGACGUGUGCGAGCUGGAGCGCGGCAUGGAGGCGGCGCGGCGCGAGGCGGAGGCGCGCGGCGCGGCGCACGUGCUGCGCGACUUCGUGGCCAACGCCGUCGACAAGCUGCGCCGCCUGCGCGCCGAGACCAAGCACGCACAGGACUCAUUCGCGGCGUGCGUGGAGUACUUUGGCGAGGCGCCUCGAAGUUGUGACGCCAAUGCGUUCUUCUCGCUACUCGUGAGGUUUACGAGGGCAUUCAAGCAAGCGGACAUGGAGAACGAACAGCGGCGCAGGCUGGAGGCGGCCGCGCACGCCGACAACCUCGACCCCAACAAGGCCAAGCUCAGCCAGAAGAAACAACAGGAGGCUGUAAUCAACGAACUAAAAACGAAGUCGCAGGCGGUCGGCGAGAAGAAGCUCCUCCACCAGGACGAAGUGUACAACGGGGCGCUGGAGGACAUCCUGCACGGGCUGCGCAGCGAGCCGUACCGGCGCGCCGACGCCGUGCGCCGCUCGCACCGCCGGCGCAUCAACUCGCACCGCCUGUCCAAGGGGCUCGAGGAGCUGGACGUAUGAUACGAGCUCGAAUCCAGCGACCAGCUGGAUUUCUCCGUGCAGAACGCCGUCAAAUCCAUAAACGCCAAUUGUGGAUUCUUCACCGCCAAAAAGAAGAGGAAAGACUUGGAAAUGGUGCACAAGAAGCCGAUCUCCGUUUACAAUAUCGAGGACUCCAUCGAUCUGCCCAACGGUGACUUCUGUGCGACGAGCAAUGUGAGGAGACCGAAGUCGUCCACCUACAAAGUGGCGCCGACGGAUUUCGAAGUCGAGGAGCGGUGUGAGCUGAUCAAAUCCACGUACGAGGUGAUAUCUAAAUACACUAGGGCCAUGUUCGACAAACAGAAUGAGACCGUCGUUUGAGUGCCUGUUUUCGUAUCCCCGAAACCAGUGGCGUGCAUAAGGUUUUUAAACUAGGGUAUGCACUAGAAGUAAAAAUUGAAAAAUUCUUUGUCCAACUAUAGGUUUGUAUUGAGUAUGCAUUCUUGCAUCCAUAGAGUGCGCGCCACUGCCCGGAACGUAAUAUUAGUUACAGUCAAAACUGUAUUAAUAACAAUCGAAAAAAUAGAUCGAUUUUAAUGCAACUUCGAUUGCAAGAAUGCGUUUCGAUGAAAGUACUGCUGUGAUUUUUAUAUUAUUCGAUGAAAGUGCAAUAUCGACGAAAGACAUUAAGUAAGAAACAUUUGAUACGCCCACGAUUCAUUCCACACCACACACAACGAUAUUUUGCUAAUGUAAAUUUACAAAAUUUUAUAAUUUCUUUUACAAUGAGCAUAAGGCUUUAGCUUUACGAAUUUUUUACGAUAUACGAUUGAAAAUGAAGAGUAGAUCUAGGGAGUUUUAACUUAAUUUAUACUUAACCUUCCCAUUCCUGUGGGAUUACUAGUAUAAAAUAUUAAUUUCUUACUCGCUGAUAAUGUAACUUUUCAUUGAUGAAAUAUUUUUUUAAAUCGGUCCUGUUGUUUAGGACCCUAUUCGCUACAAACAAAUGAAAAAAAUUUACCCUUUUAUAAUGUUGGUCUAGAUUAAAUAACAUACUAAUUGUCUAAAGCAACUUUACCCAAAGUUUUAGUCUCUGACUAGCUGUAGCUCGCAGUUUAACCAGAGAUAAAAGAGCUUUAUAAAAUUUCUCAGCGAGCGAUCAAAGAUUUUUUAAAUCAGAAUUACAGAAAUUAUCGCUUUUAAACAAAUAAACUACUUUGAUUUUUAUAUUGGUUUAAUUAAAAUCCGCGAGCUAAAUAUGUUUAUAUUUCAUCACAGAAACAAUUUAUUUACGGCCCAUUUAUAAAAAUAUAACAACGAAUUAAUUAACGAAUAUUUUACAUUAUAUAUAUUUUAUCAUAACUAAAAUAUUCCAUAAUAAUGUUUAAAAUUCCCCUAGAUCUGCUCUUGAAUGAAGCACAACUAAAUACUGCCGUCUCGAUCUCGCACAGUAUUCACGAAAGAGAUAACACGACAUUAGAGGCAUUUGUUUUAAGUAGAGUAAACCUUUAGUACCGCUAGAUUGUAUAAAAUGGCCUUUAUAAUAGUAAUUAUUAUUAUAUACGCACAAUUUUUAUCGAAGUUUUGUAAUUUGUAUAAUCCAUCGUAAUUUUUACACGUUUAUAAUCGUAUUACCAUAGGCUACGUAACUGAGAAUGAUUGUAAUGGGAUGAGUUUUUUAUAAUAACAAAAACUAUAGAUUUAGUAUUUAUUUUGUAUCUAUGAAGAUAAAUAGCUCGAGCAUUUAUUUUAAUUUAAAUUUUAUUGUAGUUACAAUUUUUUUCACAGCAACAUUGUUAUUAAUCUGGCAACACUUGUUUUUAAAAGAAUUUUUUUUUAUUGGUAAUCUAAUGAUACCAAAAUAUGCGUUUAUUUUAUUUUGAAAUAUUUUUUAACUUUCCUCAUUCCUUGUUCUCAUUGACCUCUUAUAAUAAAAGGACGCACAAUCAUACAGAAAAACUCACAUAAAAAUUCGUCAUUUUGCUAAACUAAAAUACAGAACAAGCAUCAAUCUCCUAUUAAAAAGUUGAUGCACAAUCAACGACCAAAAAACGUCCCCACUCAAUGAGUGCCAAACACAACUUCUUGGCACUCAAUUCAAGUAGUCUCAUUUGCAAAUUCAACCUCAAACUCAAUCCUUAAGGUUGAAUAUGCUCUGAUUUUGGGAAUUUUAUUGAUUAUUGGACUAAAUUUAAAGGUAUAAUUUCUUUACCGAUGAUUCUAAAACUAUCAAAGCAAAAUUGCCCAGUUUUUAAGUAAAAUUUUCUACAUGAUGUGCGUCCUUUAAUUAGAAGAGGUCAAUGGUAUUUUUGAUAUAAAAUAUGACCAAACAACUGACCAGUAUUGAAAAUAUCUCAUUUAAAAUCAAUCUAUUAGUAAAGUAUACUAGUAAAAAUAUUUGAAAUAAUUUAAUAUCUUUUCUUUAUCUCUUAAAGUUUCAAUUAAUUUACGCAGUUUUGAAUACGAAUCGAGUUUGAUUUUAAUAUAGAAUAUAUGUAAAUUAAAACAUGACAAAUUCCAUAGUUUAAGUAUUUUAUUAAGAUCUGCAGAUUUUGUACGAGUAGUUGAAUUUUAAUGAUUGUAAUUAUUAAUAUUAUUAAUUUAAAGUGAUUAUAAUUUUAGAAUGAUCAUAUUCAAGUUUAACUGAUCUGAUUAGUUCUUUCUUACAACCAGUUAUUUCCUUUGCACAUGACAUCUGUCUGUCAACAUUCAUUGACCUCACUGGUUAUGUAUGUGAUACUUUACUAUUCUGGGUUCAAUUCUCAAUAUAGCAACAGGUAUAUAAUUGCUAAACUAGCUGGAUGUUGCUGUUUUAGGAAUUAAUUCGGAUUUGAGUAAAUAGGCUAGUUGACACUGUUUUUAAAUGGUCUUAAAUAGUUCAUUAUCGUUCUACUAGAAUUAAUUUUUUUUUUCACAUUUUUUGAGUCGUGAUUACAUGAAAAUUUUAGUUUUUAAAUAUGUUUUUGACAAUACGAGCGAGCCAAAACGCCUGUCGGGCCAUGACCGUCUAUAUUUCAACUGUUUCAUGACGUCACUAUAAUAAAUUCAAAUGGAGCGUUUGGCAAAAAUAUUAGUUAAAAAUUAUUUUGACGUUUAGUUCAUCAAGUGCGUUAGUGACGUCACAAGACGGACAAAAAAAAUUUGAAAAAAUACGUGAUAUUUAUAUUAAGUUUUAUAAAAAAUCCUUAACUUUUUUUUAAUUGAUAUCUAUAUAUUUCGGACCCUUAUUCCAUGUACUACACGAAAUUAAUAUUGUUUAUAUUAAUUUUGAUAUGAGUCAACUACCCUAUUCUAAUGAAUAAGUUAUAUGAUACAGUUGUCAUGUAGCGAAGCUCUCAAUAUUGUUCAAUUGUAAAUAAUUAUUGUGUCAAUAUUAGUUUUAUUGUAAAUAAUUUAGUUUUUAUUUUUUCCAUAUUCAUAAUAAUUCAAGAUGCUUGAUAUUUUAAUAUUAUAGUUAUAUAUGGGGCUUAUCCAUGAUGUCAUACAAAUAUACCCUAGAAUUAUAUUGAAUAUUCAAAUAUUAAUGGUUAAUUUAUUAUUUUUUAAUCACAGUUUUGACACAAUAAUAUUUAAUUUAUGUUUAGGUAAAAUAAUAUAUUAAUUGUUUAAGCAGUUAUGAUUGUUUUUUUUUCGUUAGUGAAUAAUAAUUGCAUUUUAAUCUGAUGAAAAGGUAUGAAAAUUAAAAAUAUCUCCUCAGCAAGGUGCUUUACUGCACUUGAAUUUUACUUAUUUUACCUGAUUAUUAUAAAUAUUAUAUUGAUUUAACCAUGUUUUAAUUAUAUGUUACGAAUUACAGGGUUGUUUUCGAACAAUAAUAAAGAAAAGUGCUUUUGGAAAAUAUGGAAAAAUAUAUAUUACGAACAUUGUUUAAAAUGUAACCUGCUUAACUCUAUUACAAUUAAAUUCUUUAAAAGAAUUUUUAAUCAUCAUUUUUUUAACAAUAUUAAAUAUUAAUUGUACAUGUGAAGAGCACAUCUGACUAUUAAGAACAUUAGUGCAUCGAUCUCCUAUUAAAAAGUGGACGCACAAUCAGCGACCAAAAAUAGUCCCCACUCAAUGAGUGCCUAACACAACUUCUUGGUACUCAGUUCAAGAAGUCUCAUUUGAAAAUUCAACCCUAAACUCAAUCCUUAAGGUUCAAUAUGCUCUGAAUUUGGGAUUCUAUUGAAUAUUGGACUAUAUUUAAAGGCCUUUAGGUAUAAUUUUUUUUUACCAAUAAUUCUAAAACUGUCAAAGCAAAAUUGGCCAGUUUUUAAGUGAAAUUUCCUGUAUGAUUGUGCGUCUUUUUAUUAUAAGAGGUCAAUGCAUUAGUGUCAUACUUAUAGCAUAGCAAUUCAAGUAAAAACCAGAAAAAGAGCGGUGUAAUUUGAAAAUAUGAGAGUAUUUUGCCGGACCUGGGUGACGUUGUCGCAUGGGUUCGUCGACUUUUCGCGGAUGAUAGCAAAAUAAAUAAAUCAUUAUAUAAUCAGAAAAAGAGCAUCAAAAAUAUAUGUAGUUCUUUCAACAUGUACCAUUAAAAAUAAUUACACAUUUUUGAGUAUUUUCGUUAUAAUUUUGAUUAUAGCAACAUUCUCCACUGUAUAGUUAUUACAUAGUGAUGUGUACAUGGAAAGUUAUUUUGUUCAUUGCAUGUAUGCUAGCUUAGGAACAGUAUUCGGUGAUGCAAUAAACAUACAUUUACGAUU